AUGACUGACGACGAACUCGACUCACUCUUUCCGCCCGGUUAUAAAGUACUGCCCCCACCGGCGGGUUAUAUGCCUAUCAGAACACCCGCUCGCAAACUGACGGCCACUCCCACACCCAUGGGUGGACUCGGAGGCGGCGGAGGUUUCUUCAUGCAGAAAGAGGAGCAGUCGUCCAAAAUGAUGGAUAUGGAGCCCAAAGGCCAGAAUUUGCCGCCACUUAAACCCGAAGACAUUCAAUACUUUGAUAAACUGUUGACAGACGUCGACGAAGACUCGUUGAGUCCCGACGAACAAAAAGAGCGCAAAAUUAUGAAACUUUUGCUUAAAAUAAAGAACGGAACGCCGCCUAUGAGGAAGUCAGCCCUCAGACAAAUCACAGACAAAGCCCGAGAGUUCGGCGCCGGACCUCUCUUUAACCAAAUACUACCUCUUCUCAUGUCUCCCACUCUUGAAGAUCAAGAAAGACAUCUAUUGGUGAAAGUUAUCGACAGAAUUCUCUAUAAAUUAGAUGAUUUGGUUCGUCCGUAUGUCCACAAAAUAUUAGUAGUAAUCGAGCCGUUGCUCAUCGAUGAGGACUAUUACGCUCGAGUCGAGGGCCGAGAGAUUAUAUCGAAUUUGGCCAAAGCUGCGGGUCUGGCGACUAUGAUCUCCACUAUGCGUCCAGACAUUGAUAACAUCGACGAAUACGUGCGAAAUACGACCGCCAGAGCGUUUGCAGUCGUGGCCUCAGCGCUGGGCAUACCAUCACUGUUGCCCUUCUUGAAGGCCGUCUGCAAGAGUAAGAAGUCAUGGCAGGCGAGGCAUACGGGCAUUAAAAUAGUACAACAAAUUGCUAUUCUCAUGGGAUGUGCUAUUCUUCCACAUCUCAGAAGUUUAGUCGAGAUUAUAGAACACGGUUUAGUAGACGAACAGCAAAAAGUGAGAACUAUUACAGCCUUGGCUUUGGCCGCGUUGGCAGAAGCGGCCACUCCUUACGGCAUCGAGUCCUUUGAUUCGGUGCUAAAGCCCUUAUGGAAAGGUAAAGCGUGCGUAUCUCCGUUUCCAAACCGGCGAAAAGAGUUUCGUUAG